AAAAAAGAGAGAGAGAGAGCGGUGACUGUUUCAAGAUCCCCCAUUAGAAAAUGUGCCUGAUUUGUGGCCAAUGCUUUGGGAUGUAGAAAACUGAAGGGGUAGCUAUGGAGAUAGAGAGAGCAUUGCUGGCUGCUUCCUCUGACAGGUGUUGAGUAGGAAAGUCUCACACAAGCAUGUAUGCCAAAGGGAAAGGAUCCACUGUCCCCUCUGAUAGCCAGGCCAGGGAAAAGUUAGCUUUAUAUGUGUAUGAAUAUUUACUACAUGUAGGAGCUCAGAAAUCUGCACAGACAUUCCUGUCAGAGAUACGAUGGGAGAAAAAUAUCACAUUAGGAGAACCUCCUGGGUUUUUACACUCCUGGUGGUGUGUAUUCUGGGAUCUGUAUUGUGCUGCCCCCGACAGACGUGAAACAUGUGAGCACUCCAGUGAAGCCAAGGCGUUCCAUGACUAUAGUGCGGCUGCUGCUCCCAGUCCAGUGAUGGGUAACAUGCCUCCCAAUGAUGGAAUACCAGGUGGACCCAUGCCUCCAGGAUUCUUUCAGGGACCUCCAGGCUCUCAGCCAUCACCUCACGCACAGCCUCCUCCACACAACCCCAACAACCCUAUGAUGGGUCCUCACAGUCAGCCCUUCAUGUCCCCACGGUAUCCAGGUGGCCCAAGACCUUCCCUCAGAAUGCCAAAUCAGCCUCCUGUUGGGGUUCCAGGUUCACAGCCUUUGCUGCCAAACUCUAUGGAUCCGACACGGCCACAGGGACAUCCAAACAUGGGGGGCCCUAUGCAGAGAAUGAACCCACCACGGGGCAUGGGAGCAAUGGGACCACAGAAUUAUGGCAGUGGGAUGAGGCCUCCUCCAAACUCAUUAGGUGGUCCUGGCAUGCCUGGGAUGAAUAUGGGUCCAGGAGGAAGGGGUCCUUGGCCAAAUCCAAAUGCUAACUCGAUAGCGUAUUCAUCAUCCUCACCAGGAAACUAUGUGGGUCCUCCGGGAGGUGGUGGUCCUCCAGGAACCCCUAUCAUGCCAAGCCCUGGAGACUCUACAAAUUCUAGUGAAAACAUGUACACUAUGAUGAACCCUAUUGGACCUGGCGGGAGUAGACCUAACUUCCCAAUGGGCCCUGGCCCUGAUGGUCCCAUGGGAGGAAUGGGAGCUAUGGAACCUCAUCAUAUGAAUGGAUCUCUAGGCUCCGGGGACAUGGAUGUGUUGCCAAAGAACUCUCCAAAUAAUAUGGCAGGAAUGAAUAACCCUCCAGGGACACCUCGAGACGAUGGAGAGAUGGCUGGGAACUUUUUAAACCCCUUCCAAAGUGAAAGCUGCCCACGAUCUAGCAAAUUACUUCAAAGACAUGAUCAGUGCAGUCAGAUGAGAUUCCAUCGAAUCCCGUUACAAGCCUCCCUCCAUACAUAAUUUCAGAUUCAUUCAAAGUAUUCACCCAGCAUGACCAUGAGCGUGUGAUACCCCCCCCCCUCCCACGUCUGCCAUUGGAUUGAGUGUUCUCAAGGCCUCAUCACUGGAAGACUGCCAGUGCCCCUGGAAGUGAGGAUUUACAAAUGAAUUUUGCAACAUUGUAUAUUUAGAAGCAGGAAAGCACCCAUUCUACAGGUUCCUUGCAUCCUUUUCAAAGACAACAAAAAGACAUUAAAAAGCAAAUGACUGGAUUGCAUUUCUGCAAUGACUUCUAACCACAGUGUGCGCUGAUUUGAGGAUUCAGGAAUCACCUCUGGAAAGCUCUGCUUUAUUUCUGCAAAAACCUGAUCUGAAGACACAGGAUCUCUCUCACCUGGACCUUUUAAUGCAGUUUAUGGGACUGACAUUCAAAUUCACUGACAUAUUUGUUGGUAACAAUUAGAGCUUUUUGUUAAUGCCCAAGGGGUCAGUCCUUGGUAGUGAAUGGGUUAAAGCAGCCAAUCAUGUAGAUUACUUUUGUUUUCCCUUUUUCAUAAUUAUGUUUUUAAAACUGGGGCAGCUCACCAAACGCUCCUUCAAAGAAGCCAUGACACCCAGUGCUGCUUCCAUCAGAACAAAAUGGCAGCUCCGACGCCGAUGUUGGUUGUAACACUUUAUUUCAGGAUUACAAGUUCUAAUACUUUAUUGUUCUGGAUUCUUAAGAGAUGGUGGCUCCGUUAUUGUUCAUACAGCAGCCUUUCAGAAUACUGCUCGCCAAUUUUUUAUGCAUUUUUCCCACAUUUUGUAGAGUACUUGUUCUUUCCUCUCUUACAUCCUCAUAGCAAUUUUGAACAGAAAAGGACCUGGGGAUCAUCUUUAUUCCUUUUUGUUCCACUUGGCAAAGAAGUGAAGUAACAUGGAUGGCACCAUCGAUAACAUAAGAACUAUUAUUGGUGAAUAAUACAACGUCAUUCGCUAACCACAGGGGGCAGUUUAAGACGUAAGAAUAUUGUAGAUUUGCUCUAGGGGAUCCUUGUUUCUCAUGUCUUUUCCAUCCAGUUUUUAACUAUUAAAUCACUUUCCCAGGUUUGCAGAACAUUUGGGAGUCUUUAGCAGUUCCCUGUUGUGUCUGGAUUUUUAUUAUAUAUUUAACUGCAUCAGAAACCAAAAAAAUAACAUGUACAACCAUAUAUAAACAUCUACCUACCUGCAUACAUGUACUGUAUGUAUAUAAACAUACCGCUAUGAUGAUUAGGAGAUUAGCGCUGGGCAGAGACCAUCACGCAUUGUCUAUAUGAGUGUUCAUUAAGGUGAUUAGACUUAAUAUUACAGAAUGCCUUUAAAAUGCAUUCUUCAGAGUAUAUUAGCAGCUCUAAUGGCAUUUAUCUUUGACCUUUGUGAAAUGUAUAUGUUAGACUUGUGUAUGGUCAGUAAGAUACAUAUGUUUCAUAUCAGGACAUCAACAAACAACAAACUUGGUUCGAAGAAAGGUUGGCAAGGUCUUGACAUCCUAAAGAUCCACCAUAAAUGAAAUGCUGUUAUGGUAUGUGAUUAAGGGGAAGAAUUAUCAAACCCCAAAUUGGGGAAUACAAGGAAGUAUUUCUCAGCUCCAACAUUCUAGGACCAUUAUUCAUUCAUUAUUCAGUUCUACAGAUUGUUUGCCUCCUGUUUGAAAGAGGCAGCAGCAGUGAGACAUCUCCAGAGCUCCCCAUAACACGACACAAAUUCUUUUGGGCAUUUUCUGAGCGCUCUGUGCUUGAUGGAGUAGAGAUUAACUGUAUAUAAAUGUCCCAACCACUAUUUUAAAGAGCUGUUUUAGUUGUGAGCCUCCUAUUGCCACCCCCCACAGAAUUUGAUUUGAAUGUGUCAAAGAAAGCAAGUCUCGCUCACGAAUGAGGAACACGUUAUAUGAACAACUUGUAUUUUGUCAGACAGCACGGUUGUAUUGGAAUCUGCGGCAUUGCUACAAAAGAGAAACAACUGUCUCGUAUUUCUUAAUUUCUCUAAAGAAAAGUCGAUUUGUUUUGCAAAAUAUAUAGGUUAUAUUUACUUUCAUAAAAUGAAAGUAAACUUGGUCAGAUUUCUCUUCUGAGCACUUUUGUAUUUUACUUUUGUUUUCAUUUUUUUGCCAUUUAAGAAAUAUUAGCAGUUCGAUAUUCCCACUACCAUGCUUUUAUUCUCACCUGGCAGCCUGGGGGCUAAUUAAUAAAUUUAGGUGCUGUCACCAAUGUGAUGCUACUCUGCCUAUUGUUCUCUCUAGUCUGUUGGGCUUCCCAGUUAAGCUUUAUAAAUCCCCUUUUCACUAAAUAUUUAAUCCGGUCAGCAAUGUGACUUGGACCCAAUACACGGUCUCACCUCCAAAAAAGCCCAGAAAAAGCACUUUUCUCCCAAGGCAAGUCACUAGCCCCUCCCUCCUUCUUUCAGCAGUAUAAAACUGUUAAUAUCUUUUGGAUUACUAUAAAUAGGAAGUUGCAAAAAUGCUCAGAAGAGCAAGUUUACUUUUAGAUUCUAUUUGCCGUUAAUAAUGUUCGAUUGCUUGCUUUGCCCGAGCCUUCCUGGAGGCCACCUUUAUUAAACUAUAGAGAACAAGUCCCUCUAAGAAAAACACCAUCAAUGCAGGGUUAAAUCAUGGACCUGAAAAAGGCUCUAGGAUAGCAGGCUUGGUUUGGGGAUAGAUGAUGAACAUGGCUGGUGUUAAAGAGUGGACAAAUCAAAGUUAUGCUAAAAAUGCCACUAUUUUGAAUCAGCAGUUUUAGGAGGCAAUGCGUUCCCAUUGGUACCCACCUAUACAGCUUGUACAGUGCACUGGAAUGAAAUUCCUAGAAUGGGUUUUGCUAGAAUAUUAUUCUAACCAUGUUCUAAAGCUACAAAUAGAGACUAUACCUUAAGCCAUCAGAGAGAGACCCAGUUCUGGCUUUUACAGAACCUUCCAUGUUACACUAAGAUGAUAUUGACAAGUCUAGGGCUGGAUUAAUAUGUCUUGGAUAGAGUAGAGCUGGCUGAAAUCUCUCUCUCUCUGUUUAAAUCGGCCAUGUUGGAUAUACAACACACGUUGCAUACACAGAUACUGGACUUGCAGCUACUUUAUUCUCAAUAUCAGGUUUAAUCCCUUCCAUAAUGACACUCAUUUGAUAAUGUUGGUUUUGUUUGUUUGUUUUUGUUUCAACACAACUGUGAUUUCCUCAAUACCUUGUUCCCAGGCCAGGUAGGGUCCGUCAGCAGAUAGGCGCCAAGCAAAGAAAGACCCUAAGUAUGAACUUCCUCCAUGCUGCUCCGCCCCUUCCUCUAACCUCUCCCAUAAGAGCAUUGCAGGGACAAGGGAUGGGCAGGUGAAAUGAAGCAAACCGUCUCUUUUUCACAACGGGACAACUUUUACAUUUCUUAUGAAGGAUUUGUUGUUUUAUUUGUUUUUUUUUUUCUAAACAUAAUGGACCUCAUUACAAAAGAUGUCUGUUCUUUUUGUUGUUUUUUUCUAUCGUAUUCCAAAGCAACUUUGUACAGAAUAAUGAUAUAAUUACCUGCCUUCCUCCUAUUCUUCAUUUUUAUACUUCCCCUUCCCCUCCUGAAAUGUCUGCGUAACUAUAGUGUGAUGUAAAAUACUGUAACAUUAGGACAGGAUUUAAAAGAUAAAAAAAUAAAACUGUACUGCUCUUUGUUCUUUAUAUGAUAUGACAGUAUUUGGAAUAUAAAGCUCUCUCUCUGUCAGAGUUGGCUUUGUAUUUUGCUCGUAGGUUAGAAUUCAGUCCUAGAUUUUAGUUGUCCAGUGUAGCGAAUAUAUAUAUAAAUAUACCACUAUAUUUAUAUAUAUAUAUUAUAUAUAUAUAUAUAUAUAGAAUAUCAUGUCAUUUGUAUGUUCUUUAUAUUGUAAAAAUUCUUUAGACUGAAAGUUGCUUAACAAAAAAAAACAAAAAAACAAAACUGCAUCAAUAAAUGUAAUUUGAUUUUUUCAUAAA